CGUAAGAACAAACAGUGGCAGCCGCCAACGGUACUUUACUAGAACGACAGAUAGCUUCUCUGAAGCGUAUGUUAAACUUCAAUAACCCCAUCACGAAAUCCACCAUUUCAGAACCUCAAUGGAAGAUACUGGUGUACGACAAGUAUGGACAGAGUGUAAUAUCUCCGCUGCUGAAUGUCAAGGAACUUCGAGACUUAGGCGUCACCGUUCAUCUGCUGUUGGACAGUGACAGGGAGCAGAUCCAGGAUACACCGGCCAUUUACUUCGUCAUGCCAACCGAUGAAAACAUUAAAAAAAUAUGCAAGGACUUCCUCAACCAAUUAUACGAAUCCUACUACCUGAACUUUAUAUCGGCGAUAACAAGGCAGAGGCUGGAGGACAUUGCACUCGGUGCCAUACAAGCUAAUGUCGUCGGGCAAGUUUCCAAGGUCUUUGAUCAAUACAUGAACUUUAUAACGUUAGAGGAAGACCUAUUCACUUUGAAUACGCCGCAAAACGAUGUUAUAUCUUAUUACUCCAUAAACAGAGGUGAUGUGAAGGAUACGGAGAUCGAAUUCAUGAUGGAUAACAUUGUCGAUAGCCUCUUUUCUGUCUGUGUUACAUUAGGUUCCAUCCCGGUCAUCAGGUGUGCACAUGGCAACGCGGCUGAGAUGGUAGCGGAGAAGUUGGACAAGAAGUUACGUGAGAACCUCAGAGAUACCAGGAACAGUCCAUUCUCUGGGGAGGGGGCUCAAGUCGGUUCAUUCAGUUUCCAAAGGCCAAUGCUGGUAAUCCUCGAUCGAAAUUUCGACCUAGCCACGCCCAUGCACCACACGUGGACCUAUCAGGCUCUGGCUCAUGAUGUCCUGGACUACUCGUCCAAUAGGAUCGAGUUGUUCGAAACGCCAGACAGCAGGUCACAGCAGGCCGCUAACAAGGUACCUGUCCAUAGGAAGAAGAAGGAGUAUGAGAUGACCAUUGCCGAUAAGUUCUGGCAGUCUCAUAAGGGCAGUCCGUUUCCCCGAGUGGCAGAGGCAGUUCAGGAAGAGUUGGAGUCCUACAAGUUGCAGGAGGAUGAAGUGAGGAGGCUGAAGUCUGUCAUGGGGUUAGAAGGGGAGGACGACGCGACGAUCAGCAUGUUGAGUGAGGGCACAGCCAAACUGACGUCAGCCAUCAGCUCCCUGCCCGAACUUCUGGAGAGGAAGAGGUUGAUUGACAUGCACAUGAACAUCGCCACCGCCAUCUUGUCCCACAUCAAGGCUCGCAAGUUGGAUGUCUACUUUGAAAUGGAAGAGAAACUGAUGAGCAAAUCUGCAUUGGAUAAGACGAUAGCAGAUAUAAUAUCAGAUCCAGAAGCUGGCACACCCGAAGAUAAAGUUCGUCUCUUCAUCAUUAGCAUCAUCUGUGGGCAGAACAUGCCUGAGUCUGAAUACAAAGAGAUGUGUCGUGUGCUAGAGUCAUCUGGCUGCCAACUACCAGCUAUACAAUAUAUCAAUAGAUGGAAGGCUUUAUAUUCGAAGAGUAGUUCAUUGGCCAGCACGUACACAGGGGGCGGGACUAAAACAGAGAGUAUGUUCACAAAGUUGAUGAGUCAGGCCUCACAGUUUGCUAUGGAAGGGGUGAAGAAUCUUGUUGUUAAGAAACAUAAACUGCCUAUCACGAAAAUAGUGGAUGGACUGAUGGAAUGUAGGUCUGAAAUGGAUGAGUAUGCGUACUUCGAUCCUAAACUCCUGAGGCCGUCUGAUAACACCACGACUAGGAUCAGAUCACCAUUCCACGAGGCCAUUGUAUUCGUUGUUGGAGGGGGCAGCUACAUAGAGUACCAGAAUUUGGUUGAAUACGCCAAGGGCAAGUCGGGCGUGGGCCUUACAAAUCGGCGAAUCACGUACGGAUCAACGCAGCUAUUGAACGCCACGCAGUUCUUAACACAAGUCAGUGUUUUUAUUUUCCCGGUUUUUGAAUUUUGA